UACCCCCAAAAGGAACUAGAGGAAGCAAGGAGACACUUCAGGGAAAACCCCCAAGUGAGGCCUUUGAUUAAAGCAGAAUUUGCUUAUAUAAAUGAUGAGGAUAAUGACCCACAUAUUACAACUAAAGAGAUACCAUACACUCCCACUGAAUUGGCCAAAAUGAAAUGAGAAUAUGGGCGCCUUCCCAAAGAAUCCGAAACAGAGUAUGUGUGGCAUGUAUCUUUAACUGGAGGGGACCAUAUUCAGUUAAAUGAAAGGGAAGCUAGUGGUUACUGGGGCCACGGUGUCUUUUUAACAACAGGGGAUAGACGUGCCCCAUGGUCCCUAACCCAGCGGGCUGCCUAUUGGGCCGGAGGGCUGAACCCCUUAGACAGGGGAGAUCCCCUAGCAAUCACAGGCACAGCUGAUCAAUUGCUAGAAAGUGUGCACAAAGCAGCCUGCCUGCAGAUGAUACAUGAAAGGAAGUUAGUUCCCGGAUGUGAAUCCCCAAUGAUGUUGCCGGUGAAUCCUGAAAUCAUGACUCCUUUGAUAAGGGGACUCCCAGAAUCACUCAAAUCCACCGGGAUUGUUCUCCAAAGGACCAUAGCAUCUUUAGACGCUGUAGAAAAGUUGGAGAGCUCUACUAAAGGUAAAGGAGAUGAAAUUGAUGUUGGCACAGGUUCACCUCUCAAUUAUGGCUCGUCUCCUUCCCACUCAAAGCAUAAAAGGAUCUGGACAUGGGGAGAUGUAGCACAAGAAUUGAUAGAUUAUAGCAGAAAAUAUGGUCCUGUGAGAACCUUGGAGGAGAAAUCUAAAGGAAUCCAUCAAGUGGGAGCUAAAAAUCUACCUCUGCCUGUUAGUAAAACUGUAACCGCUCUCACUGACCCCGCCACUGUUGCUGACUACUCCUACUCUAAAACUGGGGGAGGAGGAAGACAGCCCCUGACUCGACAACAAUGGUGGGCCUUGGGAAUUAAAAAGGGAGUUCCCAGAGAUGUGAUGGAUGGUUUACCCCUUAAUAAACUGAGUAAACUGAUAUCAAAAUGGUAUGUCCCUAAUAUGGCUGAACUGGUAAUAACAAUUCAGGAGAAAGCUCAUCCGAUCAUGGCAACCAUAGAUGUUAAAGAUAUGUUUUUCAUGAUACCUUUGCGACCAGAAGACAGAGAUCGCUUUGCUUUUACUUGGGAGGGACAACAAUUUACCUUUACCCGGCUGCCUCAGGGAUACAAACACUCCCCUACACUAGCUCACCACGCUUUGGCCCAAGAACUGGAGAAAAUACCAAAAGCCGACGGCAUAGCUGUCUAUCAGUAUAUUGAUGAUGUUCUCGUGGGUGGAGAUAAAGAAAAGGAGGUGGAGGCAACUCAACAGAACAUAAUCUCUCAUUUGGAGAACUUGGGAUUUUACUCCCGCGGCUUUAAGGAUGCUGAGAAGAGAUAUACUGCCUGGGAGAAAGGUUUGUUUGUGGUUAGCAUGGCUCUCAUAGAAGUGGAAAAAAUUACACGUCAGCAACCAAUCGUGCUAAGAGGCCCAUUCAAAGUUAUAAAAGCAGUCACUAACGGGACCCCCCCUCCUGACGGGGUGGCCCAGAGAGCCUCGGUACGAAAGUGGUAUGCCCAGAUUGAACACUAUUGUAACCUUUUCUCAGUGACUGAAGGAGCUUUAAAAAACUUAGCUAUCCAAGAAACAGGAAGCCUGGACGGCAGCCAAGACAAACCUAUCUCAGCUAUUCGGGUAGCCCCUCCUUUCUCCCACGAUCAGUCAGUGAAUGCUUGGUUUACCGACGCUUCUGCAAAGCGAGAAGGAAAAGUGUGGAAAUACCGGGCAGUAGCCCUCCACACUACUACUAAUGAACAGAUAAUAACAGAGGGAGAAGGGAGUGCCCAGUGUUUAAAGGAUGUACUGAAUGGCUCCCUUUUUGGGAGCAAAAUGAAUGGGAGGUUAACAGAAUUCCAGUGUGGCAAAAGGACAAGUGGCAAGAAAUUCUGA